CCACCACCAACGGGGGCUUGAAGUUGAUGCCUUUCUCCUGUCAACAGCAAGCCUGAGGCUGUAGCAAGGUUCCAAAAAGGGGCGCUCGAGAUCACUUGUUAAUUUUGGAGGUGAGUGACCAACUCAUAGGUUGUGUAAUAUAUUCCGCUGAAGCCACAGUUGCUCUUCUCCUUCCGCCCCUCACUGCCACCACCAUGCCCCACAUCCAUUUUGACGAGGAGGAUGCUGACGCGGCAAUGGACGAGGCCCCGCCGGAAGCAGCGGCGCCAGCUCCCCAGGCGUCAACCAGUGGGAGAAAGGAGACCUACGCUGGAGCAGGGCCUGCAAUGAUGGUGCCUAGCAGGACUAUAUACACAACGCUAGGAAAGGUGGAAGAUCCGGACUACGUGUUUGACAUAUGUACCAACCAUGAACAAUCAGCAAUGGCGGCGUCUCUUUCCACGCACAUUGUCAAAGUGUACCACCCCGCAUCAGGAGACUUCCUGGGGCAAUUUCAAGGCCACACUGACACAAUCCAUGAGCUUGGCUUUCCUGAGCCAGCCUCGCCGCACUUUCUGGUGUCAUGCUCCAGUGACGGCACAGUUCGAGAAUGGGAUCUGAGGUCGUUUUCGCAGGUGGGCCAGUACGCGUGUGGCCCAGGACAUGAGCUGGAGAGCUUCUCCUUUGGGGGUCCGGGGGAAAAUAUGGUGGCAGGGGCAGGGCGUGAGGUGGUGCUGCUGUGGGACCGGAGGACGCAUGCGGGGAUGGGGGCGUUCGAGGAGAGCCAUAUGGAGCAGGUUACGCAGGUCCGCUUCCACCCGAUUCACCCCAACAAGCUGCUGUCCUCGUCGGUGGACGGCCUGGUGUGCGUUUUCGAGACGGGUGGCACUCUCGACGACGAAGACUGCAUGGAAACGGUGCUCCCCGUCAACACGUCCGUCUCUAGUUUCGGCUUCUACGGCCCGCAGGCGGAGAACGUGUGGUGCUUGACGAACAUAGAAACGAUGAGUCUUUGGAACUGGGCGGAAGGGGCCCAGCUGGCGGACUUUCCCGAGACCAGGGAACUGGCGUCGAGACAAUGGCAGGGACCGCCAAUUGACUAUCUGAUCCAGUGUGAAUACGACCCGUCCACGAGCCAGCUGGACCUGGUGGCAGGCACCCAGGACGGGGCAGUGGGCGUAUUCACAGUAGACCAAUCAAACCGCUGUUCAGACGCGGCGGUUCCCAGAGGAUCGCUCCGUCCAGCAAAGGAAGUGUAUCACGGCGCGCACGAAUCUGUGGUAAGAGCGUUUUGUAGGAUACGAGAGGGGCAGAGCUCGGGGCUUAUAUGGACCGGGGGAGAGGAUAGGAAGAUGGUGGGCUGGGCUCGGGGCCCAGGGGAUGUGAGGCCUCAGCCAGCGGGUUCGAGUGACCUGGUGAUGCGAACAUCGGGGCCCUCGAGAAGACACAGUCCGUAUUGAGUUUCCGGCUACUAAGUAACUGCUUUCAUUGUUACUUCAAUGAACUCAUGUCUACAAUUUUGGUAUAAGACCCCCCUUACUGUCAGAUGCUCUCUUAUUGCCACAUUUAUAGGGGUUGGGGGCCUCCUGAUCAGAGACUAGAGUAGUGGUGCGGCCGAAUGCACCACCGACCUGGAGUAAAACAAACGGA